CUAGGCUACCCUGCCGCCCCAAUUCUCUUGAUGGCGUUAUGGAAACAGGUUUUAUUGGCUAAAUUUGGAAACACCUAUCUUGCUGCAAAAAAAUAGAAAUGUCUCGUUUUCAGGCCUUUUGGGCGGGUUUUGAGACAUCGUUUGUUUAGACAUUUGAUUUUGACCCUGGCAACCCUGCGUAGUAGUUUACUUUACCUGUGUGCAGGUAGCCAAAGUCGCAUCGGAAUAAGAGCUCUCGACUCAUUGUUUGCUUGAGUAGUUAGGAUAAAUCUAUGUAUUCGGAUUUAGACUAUAUGUAAGGUUGUCGUCCAUAAUUUAGUUUGUAAUUUGAAACAAUCCCGGAGCAUUCCAAAUGGAAUGAUAUCUGGAACGUGUACUUUCACUUUUACUUACUAGCAUACAGGACUGUCAAACUCGGACGGAAGGAAAUGGCAGGUAGCUUUUUUGGGAAAGUUAUCAUACCGCUUUUGGUUUAUUUUCUCGCGGAGGUGACAGGUGAACAGCAGUAUGGUGGCCUGGGAAGAGAGAUCACCCUGACCCCCAAGGUCUCAGGUCAGCCUGAGGACAUCCUGUGGAAACACAAUGGGAACAAGGUGGUGGAGUUUGAUAGGAGUCAGAAUGUUGAGUAUGGCAGGUAUAAAGGCAGGACCAUCCUGGACUGGGACUCUGGAGCGCUAACUAUCAAAGGUCUCACUGAUGCAGACAGUGGGCCCUAUGAGUUAGAGGCUGUCGUCAAGGGCAAGCUGCAGUACUCUCAACAUAAGGUGGGGGUUAUUGAUGAUGUGGCACAGCCCAGUGCAACCUGUGUGGUUGACACCACAACCCCAGAGAACAUGGACAGAACCCUGCUGUGCUCAGCUGACCUCCAGCCCCUGACCCAGUUCAUCUGGAGGAGUCCUGAGGGGUCAGAGAGUCCUGGACCUGAACUGUUCAUACCUGGGGGGGAGAACCAGGAUUCUGAGAACCAGGAGUCUAUCUACACAUGUGUGGUGAAAAACCCUGUGAGUGAGAAAAGUGCAGAGUUCACCCUGAAGAACUGCUACACUGAGGAAGGCUCAUCCAGUGUCCUGGCUGUGGUCCUGUCCAUUCUCCUUCCACUCAUCUUAGUUGCUGUUCUGGCAUUUCUCUUGUGGUACUACUGGAGGAAAUGCAAGAAACCAGCUGAAGCUGCACUGACAAAAUCUGAAGAAGAGAAAGGACUGGUGGAAGAUAUAAAACAAGGAAACAAAGAUCCUGAGGAUGACCAUUCUGAGAACACUGGAAAUAUAACUUUUAUACCAAAAGGAAUGGUAAAAGAGCAGAUAGAGCUGAUAAACAAGCAGAAUGCAGAUCCAAAUAGGACAUGGCAAACUGAACCAGCUGGAAGAAUUUUCUCUCCAACUAAAAGUAGGGGUCACAGCCUUCUAUACAGACAGAAUGACAGUCUCUCAGACAAACAGACAGUGACAGACACAGAGCAUGUACAGGACAAGCCCAACCCAGGCCAACAAGACCUAGUCACACCAGACCACACCCAGGCCCAACAAGACCUAGUCACAGCAGACCCCACCCCUGCCCAACAAGACCUAGUCACACCAGACACCACCCCUGCCCAACAAGACCUAGUCACACCAGACCCCACCCCUGCCCAACAAGACCUAGUCACACCAGACCCCACCCAGGCCCAACAAGACCUACUCACACCAGACCACUCCCAGGCCCAACAAGACCUAGUCACACCAGACCCCACCCCUGCCCAACAAGACCUAGUCACACCAGACCCCACCCCUGCCCAACAAGACCUAGUCACACCAGACCCCACCCCUGCCCAACAUGACCUAGUCACACCAGACCCCACCCCUGCCCAACAAGACCUAGUCACACCAGACCACUCCCAGGCCCAACAAGACCUAGUAACACCAGACCCCACCCCUGCCCAACAAGACCUAGUCACACCAGACCCCACCCCUGCCCAACAAGACCUAGUCACACCAGACCCCACCCAGGCCCAACAAGACCUAGUCACACCAGACCACUCCCAGGCCCAACAAGACCUAGUCACACCAGACCCCACCCCUGCCCAACAUGACCUAGUCACACCAGACCCCACCCAGGCCCAACAAGACCUACUCACACCAGACCACUCCCAGGCCCAACAAGACCUAGUCACACCAGACCCCACCCCUGCCCAACAAGACCUAGUCACACCAGACCCCACCCAGGCCCAACAAGACCUACUCACAUCAGACCACUCCCAGGCCCAACAAGACCUACUCACACCAGAACCCACCCCUGCCCAACAAGACCUAGUCACACCAGACCCCACCCAGGCCCAACAAGACCUAGUCACACCAGACCCCACCCCUGCCCAACAAGACCUAGUCACACCAGACCCUACCCCUGCCCAACAAGACCUAGUCACACCAGACCACUCCCAGGCCCAACAAGACCUAGUCACACCAGAAUCCAAAGAAUCCAAGCUAGGCACGCCCACACCAGAACCCAACCAGGAAACAGUUCCAGCUCCAGAGACAGCUCCAGGCCAAAAAUACCCAAUCACAACAGAGACAGCUUCAGGACAAAAAUACCCAAUCACAACAGAGACAGCUUCAGGACAAAAAUACCCAAUCACAGCAGGGACAGCUCCAGGCCACGCAGACUGAGCAGGCACAACAGAGGCAGCUCCAGGCCAAACAGAAUCAGCAGGCACAACACCCAAAUGGAUUCCACUAAAUGCAGAAACAGAUAAACCCAACCAGGACAUAGGGCACAAGAAGGCCCUGCUAGACCUGAACAAACCAGGUCUUAAACAGGAGAAUGAACUAGACCAAGAAUCAGACAAGCCCCAAGAGGAGAUGACAAACCUGUACACGGGAGAUGGUAAACAUGAGAGCGACUCAGGCACUUAAUGAUGAAUGAUGAAAAGCCAGAGAUAAAGAUGAGAAGAGAAGGACCGUACACAGCAGACCACAAAGACAAUAACCAAACACAUCAACACACACAGGAGGACAUCCAGUUAGGGGAACCAGCCAGGGGAGUGAAGACAGAAUAAUGAUGUGGAAGAAUAAGGGAAAGGGCAAAGAGUAAGUAAUGAGGAGAACAGAGAUGGGAUAAUGGACCACAAUAGAUGUAUGGGUGCAAACACAGAGGAUGAUGGGAGAAAUGAAGUAGAGAUGGAGGAGGAAGGGAUAGAGCAGAAGGAACCAGACAGAGAAAGAAGGAGAUAAUACCAACCAAACAUCUACUCAGAGUGAUGAGGAGCUGGAUGAGACACUCAUCACAGACCCCAAUGAGCAGCACAUUACCCAGACUACACUACAGGGUAGUCCACUGGGUAGUCCAGUGACAAUAAUCCCUAAUGCAAAUAACCCAGUAGAAUUAUGGGUAAGCUGUAUGACUUUAAAUCCACUGUUUUUGAGAUGACACUAAAGUUUGGAUAACAGGUCUCCACCUUAUUUCUACUGAGGUGCUACCCUCAUACUGUUAGAAGAAAAACUCUGGUGAAGAAAAUGCUGGAUGCUACAGUGUAAUAAAAGCAUUGGAAUUUCUUGAUUUUGGUUUCAUAGUUGAAUGCAAAUGCAAACAGCAUUUUAUUCUCUAGUUAUGUUUCAGUUCUAUGUACCUGUGGUAGCUAACAUAAUACAUUAUUUACUACAAGUUAAUACACUAUUUGUUAUUUUAGCUCAAUUUAAAUAUAGAACCUUAACAUACUGUUAUUGCUAAAGAACUUACUUAGGCUACUGAUAUGCCAUCUUGAUGGGUUGUCAGAGGUCCUCAGUGAUCAGUGUAAAUAAAUAAAUGUUAACAGAAUGAUGUGAAUAAAUGACUAGAACAA